AACCGCUCGGCGGCAAGAGCGGCGGCGGCCGGCGACUCCGCAGGGGCCGGCGGCAGCUCCAACCGCGGUCCCGCCCCUGGAGCCACGGGGCGAGUGGUGCUCACCUUUGAGGACAACACCCGCAGGGUUGGUGUGCGCUUCGACGCCCCGCUCCCGGCCGGCAUCGGGCUCGACCUGGGCGGUGCAUGCGAGCCGGGGCACGGCUUCUUCUGUGCCCCCGGGGACCUCAUUCCCCUGCCGCAGCCGUGGUCCCAGCAGCAGCGACAGCAGCAGGGGGAGCCCGGGAAGGGUGCGGGAGGAGGGGGUGGCGGUCGGGCAGGAGGCGGCGGUGAGGAGGCGGCGGGGGCUGAGGAGGCGGCGGUGACGGCGCUGUUUGAGGUGGCGACGGAGGCGGCGGCGCGCGGGCCUGUUGUGGCGCAUAUACGGGACGCCGAGAACGUCGUGUUGGCCAGUCCCGAUCGAUGCAACAAGGUGCGUAAGGCCCUGGAAGCUCUGCCGCCGGGAGUGCUGGUAGUGGCCUCACACGCGCCCAAGUCCGGUGGUUUCGGAGCAGCAGGGGGCAGCGGCGGUUUCGGAGGCGGCGGCGGUGGUGGCUUGUUUGGGGGCGGAGGUGGCAGCUUGUUCCGUGGGCUUGGUGGAGGCUGUUGGGGAGGAGGAGGAGGUGGUGGCGGCGGCCCGCGCAUGGAGUCUGUGCUGUUCCUCGAUCCUCUCAUCAGCAGGCUGGCUGACAAAUCCCGCGGCGGCGCCGGCGGCUCCUCCCCCUCCUCCGAAGACCUCCGCUCCGGCCCGCCCGCCCUGCGCGCGCUGCUGCGUGCCUUCCCCAACCGCGUCACGCUGCAUGCACCGCCCUGCGAGCCCGCCGCCUCGGAGUGGAGGGCGGCGCUGGAGCGCGAUGUGGGUCGCAUGCGGGAGGCCGCCAACCGGCGGGCACUGGGGGCUGUGAUGGGCCGCUGCGGGGUGGCAUGCAGUGAGCUGGAGGCGGUGGUGGUGAGGGACCAGGCGCUGACGCCGGAGGCAGCGGAGCGGGUGGUGGGCUGGGCGGUGGCGGCCGCCGUACAGCGUGCCUCCGCUGGUGCCGCUGCAGGAUCCGCUGCUGCUGUUGCUGCAGCGGCGGCAGGGGCUUCCUCCGGCGGCAGCGGAGCACCCGUAGCAGCCAGUCUGGCACCCUCUGUGCCCCCCACGAGUGCUGUCUUGGACGCUCCUGCUGCUGCUGCUGUUGGUGGUGGUAUUGGUGCUGCUGCUGCGGCGGCGGCUGUGGAAGCCGGGACGGCAGCUCGCGGUAGCGGCGGGGAUGCCAGUCCGAGCAAGGAAGGCACUGUAGGAGAUCCCCACGGCCCCGAGCACGACAACGGCAGCAAGGGCGAUGCGGGGGGAGCUGAUGUCAGCGGCGGCACCGCUGGUGGCAGCAGCGCUCGGGACGCGUCCGAUGCCGGGGAUCAAGGAGCCACCAAUGCUGGGGAGCAACAGCAGCAGCAGCAGUUCGUGCUGCUCCAGGGAGGUCAGCUGCAGGUCACUGCCGCCGAUGUGGCCGCUGCACUUGCCACGCUGCGUGCCGUGGCCGCGGAGCGCGUGGCGCCCUCCAAGCAGGGGCUGCAGGAUGUGCAGGUGGAGGGCGAGUUCGAGAAGAAGCUGCUGGCGGAGGUGGUACCUCCCGAGGAGCUGGGUGUCAGCUUCGACUCCAUUGGCGCUCUGGAGGGCGUGAAGGAGACGUUGCGGGAGGUGGUCAUGCUGCCGCUGCAGCGACCCGAGCUCUUCACGCGUGGCACCCUCACCAAGCCCACCAAGGGAGUGCUGCUGUUCGGUCCGCCCGGCACCGGCAAGACCAUGCUGGCUAAGGCGGUGGCGUCCGAGUGCGGCGCCAACUUCCUGUACGUCAGCCUCUCUAGCGUCACCUCGAAGUGGUUUGGCGAGGCUGAGAAGUACAUCAAGGCGGUGUUCACACUGGCGCACAAGAUUGCGCCCUCCGUCAUCUUUGUGGACGAGGUGGAUUCGCUGCUAGGGAAGCGCUCGGGCAACAGCAACGAGCACGAGGCCAGCCGCAAGAUGAAGAACGAGUUCAUGGCGCACUGGGACGGUCUCAAGACACGGCAGAAGGACCGGGUAAUGGUGCUGGCAGCGACGAACAGGCCCAUGGAUCUGGACGAGGCUGUCAUUCGCCGCAUGCCGCGUCGCAUCAUGGUGGACCUGCCUGAUGCGCCCAACCGCGUCAAGAUCCUACAGGUGCCGUAUGUGGUGUAGGACUAAUAAAAAUCACACAACCUUUUGCGAAAUAAACAUUAGGUGCUUAAGGAGAGGGCAGACUUCAGCGCACGCGUGUUUUGCACUCGCGUUAUGGGUUGUACGGUGCAGGGUAGGGUACUCGCCAGGGCAUGACGGCAGAAC